UAGAUCGUGUCAUUCACGACGACACGUGCCUGACUCCUAUUGCCAUGUUAUUAAAAGUUAGAUUUGACAAAUCUGCGCGUCAUCGUGGAUGACACGAACUAUAGCUACGAAGGGGUAAGGAAGAGCGUGAUGUAAGACAGUGCAGUGUUAAAUAUUAGAUUUAGCGGCGUGUGGUCUUUCGUUGGACAAAUUCGAAAGGCGUAAUUGAAUCAGUGUUUGUAAGACUUCCUUUUUAUAUAGAAAAUCGUCAUUUUGGAAAAUAGAUAAGUGAGAUGUGCUUGAUAAGUGAUCGAAAACAACGUGUAAUUGUGAACAAGCUAGAUAUUUUUAAAGUGCCUUGACUGUUAAUUUGAUCAGGAUCCUAAUCAUAUACAGCCGAGAGGAUAGGAAACGCCGGAGCAAGUAUGAAGUAUUCACAAAGAUGACAAAACAUUAAAAUUUAGAUGAAAGUGAUCUAAAGUGAAUGGAACACGUAUUCAAUAUGAACUUUAGAGUGGCGUGGUGUGGUAUUCUCUUCUCUUUUGUGCUUGAGGGAAACGCUGAUGCGGGAAGAGUGCAGGCUGCUGUCAGUUUUCUGGUUGACUGCAUUUCCAGAACAAAUUCCUCGUACCAAGAGAUAGAACUGAAGUCCGAAUCCAGCCUGUCCCUUCGCGACAUCCUGCCAAUCAAAGCCAAGUACUACGAUAAGAAUCGAGCUCCGAAGCUGUUGGGGCAGCCUACUAUAGUGUAUUUCCAUGUUACUGUGCUGUCGUUGGAUUCCAUUAAUGAGGAGAGCAUGACGUAUGUAGCAGAUAUCUUCCUAGCUCAAUCCUGGCGGGACCCUCGCCUUCGUCUGCCAGAGAACAUGCACGAGGAAUACCGGAUCCUGGACGUGGAAUGGCUCAACAAGAUCUGGAGACCAGACUGCUUCUUUAAGAACGCCAAGAAAGUGACCUUUCAUGAGAUGAGCAUACCGAAUCAUUACUUGUGGUUGUAUCAUGAUAAGACGCUGCUUUAUAUGUCCAAAUUGACGCUGGUGUUAUCGUGCGCGAUGAAGUUCGAAUCCUACCCCCACGACACGCAAAGCUGCUCUAUGAUGAUCGAAAGCUUGUCGCACACGGUCCACGACCUGGUGUUCAUCUGGAACCUCACGGAUCCGCUGGUUGUUAACCCGGACAUCGAGCUGCCCCAGCUUGACAUAUCCAAUAACUACACUAGCGACUGCACUAUCGAAUAUUCUACUGGAAACUUCACCUGCCUAGCUGUGGUGUUCAACCUCCGACGGCGGCUGGGCUAUCACCUGUUCCACACAUAUAUACCCUCGGCGCUCAUCGUCGUCAUGUCCUGGAUCUCCUUCUGGAUCAAGCCUGAAGCCAUACCAGCUAGGGUCACACUUGGAGUCACUAGUCUCCUUACAUUGGCUACCCAAAACACCCAAUCCCAGCAAAGCUUGCCGCCCGUCUCUUAUGUGAAAGCCAUCGACGUGUGGAUGUCGUCCUGCUCUGUCUUCGUGUUCCUCUCGCUCUUCGAGUUCGCGGUCGUUAACAACUACAUGGGGCCCGUGGCUACUAAGGCCAUGAAGGGGUACUCUGAUGAAGAUCUGUCCAGAGAUUUAGACGCUUUUAAGCACAUAUUCCCAAACUCCGUGGACCCCCGAGCAAGUACCUCCGCCUCUCUCCCACAAUACGAGACCUUCUGCAACGGGAGAGAGACAGCAGUAUACAUCGAUCGGUUCUCUCGCUUCUUCUUCCCCUUCUCUUUCUUUAUACUGAACGUCGUCUAUUGGUCUACUUUCUUGUAAGUUGUCGUUUUGUACAAAAUUAUAUGGUCCCCGGAAGAUUUAAUGUCAAUUCUGAUAAGUCAACUUUAGUGUCAGGUAAAUAAUCUAAUGUAAUUAAGUUUUGUCUGAUUCUUACCCUAUCACAGCUAAACCUAGGUGCCUAGCCAAGGUGGCAAUCGUUUGCGCUCCGACAACGAAACGCUAUCUGUCCCUUUAUCGCACUAACAGAUGCAGAGUGAUAGAGAGACAGCGUUUCGUUGCUGUAGCGCAAACCAACCACCACCACCACCACCACCACCACCACCACCACCACGCCACGCCUGGCCACGUAGCCAACGUGCAAGUCGUUAACGCUUCGUAACGCAUCGUAGUCAGCUCUCUCUAUUACUCUUCCACAUUAGUACGACAGUAAUAGAGAAAAUGACUACGGUACGCUGCGGUGCGUUAACGAUUUUUACGUUGGCUACGCGGCCUGAUCAGAUUUGUUUAUUAAAAUAAUAUGUGCACAUUCCAACAAAAAAAUCAUAGGAGUAUGUAUGGAGUAUAAAUUGUUAAAUACCAACUUUUGACCAGAAUAUCACAUUAUGUGUUAAAUUCGAAGGUCGAAUUUGUCUUAGUGCCUGUUUCACAAAAGUAAAAUAUUGGGUAGCUAACUGACAAAUAAAUUAACUGCCAGAAAAAAAUCCUACAAAACUUAGCACUUUAUACUACGUUUGACUGUUUUAACUCUUAAAAUAAUAAUAAAAAAAUCGACAAAAAAAACAAACGUUGGGGCAUAGCUAUUCUUAAUGUACCUACAUCAAAUUAUGUAAAAAUAUUUUCCAUAAUGUUACUAUCCAGAGAGGAAAAUGGAGACUACGUUUUAAAAAGCGUAUAAUUAAUUUUUGAACAUUUUUUAGCGGCAAUGUAUUUCGUACAUCAUGGCCACUUGUGACAGUUGUGACGUCGCGUCAUUAAAUCUCACGUUUUGAGUUAAAACAAAGUAGGUAUAGCACAAUCGGAUCAAGACCAACCUCGAAAUAUCUGGAACAGUCAUGAAAUUUGGUAGGUAUAUAAAUUAAAGGCCCCGUUUUCAUGCCCACACCAUUUGACAUUCGGGGAUCUCGAGGAAUCGCAGCCAUCUUGGAAAAUGUGUACCAUCCAGGAGAAAUUCGCGUUUUACUCAAAAUCUACGUUCUUUAUGAAAAUAUGGUGUAAGGCAACAUUAAAGCUUAUUAAAUUCUACACUAAAAAGUCCUUGAUAUCUUAAAAAGUACACCUUGUUAAAGAAAAUACUUACUGAAUCUAUGUUUAGCGCCUAUACACUUCCAGGGGACAUUCUCUUAAUAGGAAACUCGGAGGAAUAUGAAUUCGACUUUUAACUAUACAUUUGUACGUGAUCUAUCCUACAUUUUACUCGACUGCGACUUAACCAAUCUACCGAUAUGACAUUUAAAAAAAUCGAUCCAGUAUCCUAAGCUACAGGUUGUACUGAAUCAUCAGUACUGAAACCCAUAACCCUACUUUCUGGUUAAGUCGCAGUCAAGUAAAAUAUUGAUAUUGGAAUAGAUCAUGUACAAAUGUAUAGUUAAAAGUGGAAUUCAUAUUCUUCCAAGUUUUCUAUUAAGAGACUAUCCCCUCAAAGGUUAUAACCGCUAAAUCUGGGUAUAGCAAGUAAUUUUUAUAGCAAGAUGUAUUUUUUCCGCAAACAUAUCUAGGACUAUUUUGUGUAGAAUUUAAUAAGCUUGAAUGUUAUCUUACACGAUAUUUUCGUAAAGAACGUUGAUUUUGAGUCAAACGCGAUUUUUUCCUGGCUGAUACACAUUUUCCAAGAUGGCUGCGAUUCCUCGAGAUCCCCAAAUGUCAAGGGAUACAUACCAAAUUUCAUUACCGUUCCAGAGAUUUCGAGGUUGAUCUUAAUCCGACUGUGCUAGUAGUGAUACAUUGUUUGCUGAAUUAGUAAAUAUGGCAAAAUAAAAGUCGUCUGCUUUUUAUAAAAUUCAUGAAAGUGUGUUAAUUAAAGCCUAAAAGCCCUUUGGUUAUGCGGUCGUAUCAAAAAUAUACGCCGUGUACUUUUUUUUUAUACCACGAGGGUGGCAAACAAGCAUACGGCCCGCCUGAUGGUAAGCAGUUAACUAGUAAGUGCAUGAUUGAAAUGACUCAGCAUUGAUUUCGAAUCUUCCUGGGCCGUACUAAGGUUGGAAAAUGGCUACGUAUACUCAAACACACCCACCCUGUCAGUAGAAAAAGGCGCGAAAUUCAAAUUUUCUAUGGGAGAUAUCUACAUUUUUUAAGUUAGCCGCCUUUGUUCAACUUACGAGUAUACGACACACGUUGCUUAUAUUAAAUAAAAAUGUGUGUAAACGAAAAUUUUGAGUUUGUGAUGACACUAAAAAGUGUUAUGAAAGAUUGUUUGUUAGUAAUAAAUUAAAAUGAAAUUAGUGUAUAUUUAGGUACAAAAUAGAUAAAUGAAAUGCUAAUAACUGAAACUUUUUUUUUCUCCCAUCGACGAUUGCUUUUCUAAUUAUAUUCGAAGUAGCUAAAUAUAGUUGCGGAAUGUUUCCCAAAAAGUUGGAAAAUAUUUAACAAAUUUCAGGAAAAUUUCACAGGAACAAGGGAAACUUUGAUUAUGGAAAUAGAAAAUUUCGCGUCCCAUACAAAAAUAUGAGAAUUUCCCGAAAGUUAUUGCAAUUACAUUACCCUAUAUUUCAUUUGCAAUUACCCUAUAUUUCAUCAAAAACUAAUGGGGAAAGCGAAACUAAAUGUUGUGAAAACGUUAUCUAUGUCGGUUCAUAACCGCUAUAUUCAGCGCUAAUCACACACACACGUUGUCGUUUUGCCUCUACGAAACAUUUCCCCCACAUAUAGUGAAACCUAUGUUAUCAGCUACGACUGUAGUUCCGCGGUAAAUGUGUUAAACAGUGAUCCGAAGCACUUUAAGUAGACCGUGAAUACGAGUAACCCUUUGUUGACUUUAUGUCUGAUUACUUCCCAAUGGUUGCUGGUGUCUGCAAAAAGAAAAUUUGUUAAAAGAAACAUGUAUAAAAUAUCCCUUCCCUUCAACAUACAAAAAGUUAAGAACCAUCCCUUUGGAUAUCAUUGGAUUCACAAAUGGUAAUGAACUAGUAUGGAAAUGUUCAAUAAAAUGUUCAAUUUUUGUUCUCUU